AUUUUCACACUAUACAUACAUUAUUAUUUAUUACAUUGGCACCUUCAAUGCCCAAUUAUUUUCAAUGGGUUAUUCCAUUUUUUAAAUCACUAAAUCAAAUCAAAUCUAGUCCAAUUCUUCUUCUUCUUCUCAAUCACCACCCACCCACAUAAUUUCCUCCUGUGUUAUCUGCUGCCUUUGGAUUUUCAAGUUACCAGAGGCGGACCUGCAUGCAUUUGUAAUUACAAAAACCUCUAAAAAUCCUAUCUCUCAAACUCAUCUCUAUCGCUACGCUGCCGCCGUUGAUUCUCAUUCUCUCUAGCAGUUUCCCGUAUCAGCUGCACCACCAAUUCUUCUCUUUUGCCGCGUCUCACCGAGUUCAAUAACAGGCCAAGAGGCUCUUCAUUCUUGAUUUGAUUUAUGUGAUUGCGGUUAUUGAUUUCUGAAUUGGUGAUUGAGGGAAAAAUGACAGAAUCAAAACAAGAAACACCCUUGUUGUCGACAUCAUCGCAGAUGCUUCCCGACUUCAAAAAAUCUGUUAAAUUGAAGUAUGUGAAGCUUGGCUAUCAUUACCUAAUCACUCAUGGCAUGUACCUCUUUCUUUCACCACUUGUGGUGUUAAUUGCUGCACAGCUCUCAACUUUCUCACUCAAAGAUAUCUAUGAUAUUUGGGAAAACCUGCAAUACAAUCUGGUAUCCGUCAUUAUUUGCUCGACUCUCCUUGUAUUUUUAUCGACCCUUUACUUUAUGACUCGUCCUAGGCCAGUCUACCUAGUCAAUUUCUCAUGUUACAAGCCGGAAGAGUCUCGGAAAUGCACAAAAAGGACUUUUAUGGAUCACUCCAGGGCAAGUGAUUUCUUCACAGAGGAGAACCUUGACUUCCAGCGAAAGAUACUCGAGAGAUCUGGUCUUGGAGAAAACACUUACCUUCCAGAAGCUGUCCUUAGCAUCCCUCCCAACCCUUCAAUGAAAGAAGCUAGGAAAGAAGCUGAGAUGGUUAUGUUUGGUGCCAUCGAUGAGCUGUUUUCGAAGACAUCAGUAAAGCCUAAAGACAUUGGAAUUCUGAUUGUGAAUUGUAGUCUCUUCUGUCCAACUCCGUCGCUUUCUGCAAUGAUCAUCAAUCACUAUAAGCUUAGAGGUAACAUAAGGAGUUAUAACCUUGGUGGGAUGGGAUGCAGUGCCGGGAUUAUUUCAAUUGAUCUUGCUAAAGAGCUUCUCCAGGUCCAUCCUAACUCGUAUGCGUUGGUUGUUAGCAUGGAGAACAUUACGUUGAAUUGGUAUCCUGGGAAUGACCGCUCCAAGCUUGUUUCGAAUUGUUUGUUCCGUAUGGGAGGGGCUGCGAUUCUACUAUCCAACAAGAGCUCUGAUAGGAGAAGAUCUAAAUACCGAUUGGUUCACACGGUUCGCACUAACAAGGGUGCUGAUGACAAGUGCUUCAGCUGCGUUACGCAAGAAGAAGACGACAAUGGCAAAGUUGGUGUCACUUUAUCAAAAGAUCUUAUGGCAGUUGCAGGCGAUGCUUUGAAAACAAACAUCACCACAUUGGGGCCUCUUGUCCUUCCAACAUCAGAACAACUGCUGUUCUUCGGCACGUUAGUUGGAAAGAAAGUCUUCAAGAUGAAGAUCAAGCCUUACAUUCCUGAUUUCAAGCUAGCUUUUGAACAUUUCUGCAUUCAUGCUGGUGGAAGAGCUGUUUUGGAUGAGCUGGAGAAAAACUUGAAGCUGUCUCCUUGGCAUAUGGAGCCAUCAAGAAUGACACUUUAUCGUUUUGGAAACACGUCAAGCAGUUCACUUUGGUACGAAUUGGCAUAUACAGAAGCCAAGGGAAGGAUCAAGAAAGGAGAUAGAACGUGGCAAAUAGCAUUCGGUUCUGGAUUCAAGUGCAACAGUGCAGUAUGGAAGGCUCUAAGGACAAUCAAUCCUGCAAAUGAGAAGAACCCUUGGAUCGACGAGAUUAACCAGUUUCCGGUUGAUGUUCCAAGGAUUUCUGCCAUCUAAAUGAUGCAGUUUAAAAUUAUUAUUUUGCAUGUAUUAACAUUAGGUGGUAGCUGUUGAACUGGUGGAAGUGGAUGAGAGUUAGGUUUUGCUUAGAAUGUUAGAUUUUGUGAAUUCAAUUUAGUCAAGGUCUGGUCAUGAGCUUUGGAGUGCUGACUUUUGCAUAAAUUUAUUGUCCUGUGGUAGUGCUGUUUGUUGUUGUUGUUGUUGUAUCUGAAAUGUAAUCCAUGAUUUGCUUGGUACUAUUGCAGAUAUGCAUUGCAAAUUCUUUCUAGAAUGGAAAUCCAUAAAUUCUUUUAGCUAACUGGUGUCUUCCUAUCACCAGUUACGAUUGAAAACUUUAUUAGGAAUUUACAUUUUUACCCCCUUGUCUAUACUUUUUUCUUUUCAAUUUUUAAAUGAACUCAAAAUUUGUCUAUGGGAAAUUUGGCAUAGGGGCGCAUUAGUUACAGUGCAAAAAUCUCAUUGUAUUAUAAUAGUCCUUGAUCGGUCAAUUAGUUUAUUUGUUUACCAAUGUAAUUUAUAUCUAGUGGCUAAUAUGAAAAAAAUUUCAUGAUUUUAAAAACAUAUUUGGCAGUUUAAUAUUUUCCUUUUCAAAAACUAUUGGCAGAGUUUUUUUUUUUUUUCAAGUAGCUUGAUGGCUGACAAAUGUAUUUUACUAAGGUGCAGGUGAACACUCCGGUACACGUAUUAUGUGGACGUAUACCGGUACACUGCUGAUGUGUAUAAAUUUAAUUCGUCCACAUAUAAUCAUAAUUUAACAUGUCAUUUUAAUACUUAUUUAGAUAUAAGUUUUCUAAAUUACUCUUUUAGUUUACAAAAAUUUCAAAAUGACACCAUGGAAAUUAUUGUAAUUUUAAAAUGUUAAAACAUGUUACAGUAUUCGUAAAAAAAAAACAUGUUACAAGGCUGAAACAUUUCUCUGAAACAUUUCUUUCUCUGUCAAAGGUUUUUUACAGUGGAAACAUUUCUCUGAAACACAAACUCGUGUUACAGGUUUUUUACAGGCUGAAACAUUUCUUUCCCGUAAGUUUGUGUGUCUCUGUUCUCGUACCUCCGAUUUUGGCCUCAUCCCGGCGGCGGCGCCGCCUCUCUCCACUGCGUAGUUCGUCUUUCACCGCCGCUUUUUAGGGUUUUGUUGUCUUAAUUCUCUGUUAUUGAAUCUUCUAUUUUUAGGAUUUUUGAAAGUUUGGGAAAUUGGUCUUCUUCUCUCUUCUUAGUUUCACUUGCUUUGUAAAGGGGAGAUCCGCCGCAUCACAUGCUCUCACCGAAAUCACACGAGUUUUCACGCCGAAUCACUAUCGUGUCGCCGCUGUAACCUGAGUUCGCCGCCGCCACCGACCUUUGAGCUGAAAAAGAGAAGUCCAACAAACCUAAGGAGAACAUGUCAGAUACAAAUGAACAAGACAUUCCAGGGGCUAGUGCUUUUGUCAAUCCAAAUCACUCAUUCAAUAUUGACAGCAAUGUUAUGAGACAUGGUUUUGUAUUUGGUAAUCCCACUAGUAAAAUGGAACGUCAGAAAGCAACGUGGAACUAUAGUGUAGGGUAUGGUGCCGAUUAUUUCACCACAUGUAAUGGGGUUCGAAAUCAAAGUGCAUCAAUUUUUCCCCAAUUUGUUCCAAAUCAAAGUGCACCAAUUUUCCCCCAAUUUCAUCCAAAUCAAAGUUCACCAAUUUUCCCCCAGUUUCCACCAGUAGACAACAAUUUUCUUCGACAAAGCAGAACACAUGAUUUCCCUCGUUAUACACGUUUUAUGGAGGAGGUGGAGAACUCGGCUAAAAAGGCUAGGAAUGGAGGUGGAAAUGACGAUUCUUGAUUCACAAAUCACAAGCAAUGGGACAAGUAUCCAAUAUGAUGCUAUUUUUGUGGCUUUUGAAAGGACCAUAUAUAGGAAUUUAACCGUGUAGACUUGUUUUCAAUUAUGUUAAGUUAUUGGUUUGGAUUAUGAAAGGUGUUAUUGGUUUGGAUUACUGUUAAGUAGUGUAUUUGCUAUGUACUCUUUGGCAUAACUUAUGCCUACACUUAUUUAUUAAUAAAAAUAGCAAAGCCGUGGUUUGCGUC